AUGCUGUCGAGAACCCUACGAAGCUCUCUGCGGAGAGCCUCAUAUGUGUCCACCUACUGGUCCGGACUCCGGUAUAAUUCCGGACUUGCCUCAAAAUACGCAUCUAAACUCGUAGAACGCGCUCAACAGGAGGGUACGACCGUAGAUGCUCUACGCGAACGCGCCAAGGAGGCGGAGAAGGCCGCCGCGAAGGAACGUCUGGCACGAGCGGCCGAGGCAACUGCGCAGAGCGCUUCGCUGGAUGGACCUAAAGCGACACAGAAGGCGCGAGCUGAAGGCAAGGUUCCUGUACGUCAGGAUAGCUCUCCAAUAAAGCCGUUAGGGUCUAUUCUGAAUCUGGACAAAAUUCUCGAGACUCCGCAUACGUUCGAGCAAAUAUCGGCUCUAUGGACUGCGUACCAUGCAUCGCGCGGCGGUGGUACAGGCCGCGGAGUUGUCUGCGCGUCCGUGCCCCGGGAGACCUACGAAACCAUGCUCACUGUAGCAUCACGUUAUCCGCAGUUCAUACUGCCCUUGCCACGACCGGCACCCGAAGGCGAGGAGGAGAAGGCGUAUGAAUUCUUCAUGUUGCAAUGGGACACAUAUGAUGCUCCACCGCCACCGACAACCUUGACCGAUAUUUUCGCUGGCAAAGCGGGCGACAGCAACACUCAAACUUCGCUUCCUCGCUGUGCAACGGCAAUCUUCACGCCUCUCGGCGAAUACAAGCUGCGGCAAACCUUUGCCGCACCUCACCUUGCCUUGACAUUCUAUCCCGACCUUGCCGGCUCGCACGAUAUUGUACUGCUCCGCGGCGAGCUCACACCCCGCACGUCAGACCCGGAACAGUUCUUGUUGAGCCAGCAGGAUGCACAGUUGCUCGCCCUAGGCUUGCAACGAUUCUAUCUGUGGGGUGGAUCUGGAGGAGAGGAGAGGGAGGCUUUGCUCAAGACGUUCCAUGAGCGCCCGCAAGACUUCAAGUGGGAGGACCUUGUCCGUCUUGGUGACGUACUCGUUUGA